CGGAAGCGGAAGCCCUUGAUCUGCAGCCGCUGGUGGGAGCGCGGAGGAAGGUAACGAUGUCGCCGCCGGAGCUGCGCUGGCAAACCCUGGACGCUCUGCGUGCCUCCAGCAAGGGCCGGCUGCGCUACAACCGCCACUGGCUGCAGGACGAGGACAUCUUGGAAGGAUGCAUAACUCCGAUUGCGCUCUCCCCAUUUUGUGCCUUGGUCCUGGACAAAAUGCCUGUGCAAUCCUCCCCAGAAACUCCAGCCUCCAGUUCGUCGUCGAAAGAAUCUACUCCACUCCCAAAGCAGGAAAAUGUUGCGCCGGAUGGCUGCCAGCACUCCUCGCCUCUUCCUUCCGCCGAGCCGAGCAAAGCCAAGGGAAGUGAAGAUCUUAAUCUGCUGGAAAUGGAUGGGGAAGUUUUCCCAACAGAUCCACCAUCUAAGCUUACACAAUAUGAAGGCUGCAUUCGUCUCUACGAGGAAAUGCACAGGUUGAGAGCACAGGAGAGGCUGAAGCAGCGGCAGGAGCAGUAUGAGCAGAUGGUGACGACAGCGUACAAACAGGCUUGUGAACAACUGAAGCGCUUUGAUGAACUGAAAGAGCUGAAGUGGCGUCAGGAGAUCCAGGAUUUGCAAGAAAUGAUGGAGAAAAGCUCAAAGGAGGCUCAGGGAAAGCAAGAGAAGCUGAAGGAAGAACACCGACACAGAGCGAAGAUAUUAAACUUAAAACUGCGUGAGGCAGAGCAGGAGCGUCAGCGUCAAGAGGAGCUGGAGCGUUUGCGAAAGGAAGAGGGCCAGGAAAGACUGCGUCGCCUUUAUUCCAUCCAGGAGGAGGUGCUGCAACUUAACCAGCAGAUUGAUCCCAGUUACAGACACAAAGACUUGCCAAAGAUCAAUCUUUCUGCAUACAGUAAUCGUGGCAACGAGAUCUGCGGGCUGGUGUCAGGACUCAUUCGCACCACAAGCGAGAGAGGUUUCCCUACUCAAGUAGACGUGGCCAGUACCGAACGAGCGCUGCAGGAGAUGCGAGGGUUGAUAGCCAGCAUGCAGCAAGAAAUCGCUGCAGCUGUGGAAGAAAAAAGGAGAAGAGAUGAAGAGGAAGAGAAACAGAAGCAGGAGUUACUGAAAGCAGAGCAGAUGAAGGCUGAGGCUAUAGCCCCCGCACAGCAGCUGGGGGGAAAGCAGCAGAAGGGAGGACUUCAAGUUAAAGCAGAUCCAAGUACCAUGCAGUGGUACCAGCAGCUUCAAGAUGCUGCUGAGCAGUGUGUUGCUUCUUUCAGUGAAAUCAACAACUGCAAAGACAACAAAGAGGUUAAGAGGAUAAAAACAGACUUGCAGAAAGCAGCUACGAUCCCUGUGAGCCAGAUCUCUACAAGAGCAGGCUCUCAGCUGAGAGAGAUAUUUGACAAGAUCAAUAACCUGCUCUCUGGAAAGCCUGUUCAGACUGGAGGGCGAACUGUGUCAGUGACUCAGCAUCCGCAGGGUCUGGAUUUUGUUUACUACAAACUUGCAGAAAAAUUUGUGAAUCAAGGAGAAGAAGAAGUAACUUCUCACCGUGAUGCUGCUUUCACAAUUGCUGUGGUGGCCUCAGGAAUCUGGGAAUUGCACCCUCGAGUCGGAGACCUCUUUUUAGCUCAUCUGCACAAAAAGUGCCCCUAUGCUGUGCCAUUUUACCCUGCAUUGAAAAAGGGGACUUCUAUGGAAGAGUAUCAGAGGAUGCUUGGAUAUCAAGUUACGGAUUCUAAGGUGGAACAGCAAGAUCGUUUUCUUAAACGGAUGUCAGGAUUUAUUCGUCUUUAUGCUGCUCUCAUGCAAGUCCGGUGGCCUUAUGGAAACAAACAAGGGGCACAUCCUCAUGGGCUGAACUACGGAUGGCGCUGGCUUGCUCAGAUGUUGAAUAUGGAGCCUCUGGCAGAUGUGACAGCUACUGUUCUUUAUGAUUUCCUGGAAGUGUGUGGCAAUGCUCUCAUGAAGCAGUAUCAGGACCAGUUCUGGAAACUGAUGCUGUUUAUCCGAGAACAAUAUAUCCCAAGAAUAGAAGAGAUUACCAGCAGUGACCAGAUGGGCUCUUUCAUGCGUUUCAAGCAAUUUGUAGAGGAAUGUCUACAGCUGAAGGACAUGCCAUUACCAAAGGGCGCCCUGCAAUCUUCCUUUUGGAGAUCAUAGAUCUGUUUAUAUUUCUUUCUCUCUGGAUGACACUGCCUUCAGACCUGGCUUCCUGUUUCCGCGUAAAGGCAAAAUAAAUAUAUUUUGUAUAAAGAGGAAUAAGGAAAGAGUAUUUCAUCAUCCUGUUCAUGUUUAGAUUUCUGUUGGGCAGAACAAACUUCAAUUUCUUUGUGGUUUUGUGUUUAAUUUGUUGCAAAUAAUUGGAAGUUAUUCUUUGUUCUGAAUUUUUAUAAGUUUACAUAUAGUAAAUUAUAAAGGAAAAGUCUUCAAUUUUUUAUAUGUUUCAACUUGUGGAAGAUGUUUGGAAUGUUGUAUCCUGAUGACCUCUGAUUUCAGAAAUUAAAGACUUAGACUGAUGAUUUGCACAGCGCUGUUCUGGUUCUGGAAGUGAAAUACCUUGCAGCUUGAUGAAACCUUAACAGAAUAAUGACUCUCAGAACCGCAAGAACUUUAUUUUUGUAUUUAUUACAUCUUCUUUUUAUAAUUGAAUUUUUAAUUAUGCUGACGAACUUGCAUCUGGUUCGUCUCAACAACAUCUUAAAGCCACAGUGAGAUGAGUGAAGGCACUUGGCCCAGCAGUGCUGGCAUUACCUCUGCUGAAUGUAGAGGCUGUACUCUCUGUUUAAGAGAGAGACUCUGUUUUAGAAGGUUUGCAGGGAUAACAGUAACUCCAUGGUUCCCCAUGGUUCCACAGUUCCUGAAACUACAGAAAUUCUGUGUCCGUUAUCCAUCAGAUGGAUGGAAGCCAAUAAUCCAUUGUCUUACUAAAAAAAAAGUGGCAAAACGGUGCAUUAAUUGUAGCACUUUUGCUGAUAUUCUGCCAUCCUUUGAGGAGGAAGUGGUGUGUGUGGGUUACUUGAGCUGCAUUUUGUAAGGACUCUUUAUGUAGGUGGAUUUCUUCCUUAUCAAUGGUAUAGUUUUUAUAUAUCGAGUACUGUAACACUUUUGUACCAGUGGUGGAUUAUUCUGAGAAUAGUUCAUUGUAGAAACCUGCUUAAAUUAAUAAUAAAGUUUGGGUAUUCUUCUUAACCUGAAGCUGAUGCAGUUUGGUUGGGGUUUUUUUUUUUCUGUUGGAGGGGAUCGUCAAGAAAAAUCUAUAGCUCUGUUAGCUGAAUCUCUAUUCUGGUGAAUACAGGAGAUCAGAGUGAUGGGAGAUUUGUUUGAUCUAUGGUGUACUGUCCUUGAACUAUUUUGGUGGUUUCUUAAGGUGAGAAAAUUUGUUUCUGAGUUCUAGAAAGUAGUGUGUUAUUUUUGCAGUGUACUUUUGCAAGUUAAAAUUGUUACUAUUUUUACCAGAUUCCUUUUGUUAUUCCUAGAGGCACCAAAAUUUGAAGCUGUAGAAAGCAAGUUGAAGCCUUAUGAGAAUCUGAAUUUGAUUUUUAUAUAGCUUUUGAGAGAAAGAGUUGUAACAUACCUUGGAAUUCAGGCUUUUAAAACCUUUAACCUUGGCUUUAAAAUUGACGAGUAAAUAAGUUAAAAUUCUAUUGGGUUUAUGUUAUAUACUUUGUAAGUUAACUCUGGAGUUGUUUAGACGGGCAUUAACAGUGAUUGUUCUGGAGUACUGGAAAGCUCCUUCCGGUUUUCUUUUACCAGAUAAUGCUGGAGCAAUAUAACUGUCAUCAGUAGAGUUGAAAAUGUUUAAGUUUUCCUAUACUGAGUGGAGAUGUUUUAAUUACAUCUUACACAUCUGCAGUUGUUUUGGCGACGCACUUUGCCAAGACGGUACUUGGUGUUGUCUGUGAGGAACCAUCGUCUGCCUGUGCCAAGAUGCAGGGAGGGAGGUGAUAAUGUCUAUAUGAGAUAGGAUAGCUUACUGCUUUUUUGCUGACAGGUACCCGUGGGAGCAAUGCCAAUUAUAUGGAAGAUUAAUUGGGCCUAAGAUAAAGCAGGAAGCUGGUACCAAGCAUAUUAGAAUAAACAUUACUGAAAAGACCAGAUGUUCCAAGCUUGACACACAGGAUGACGUAUCUUAAAUGUGUGAGAAGGUCAGGCUGGAAAAAAAAAUGCCUGGGAAUAAGUGAAUUGGAGGUAUGGCCGAGAACAGUCACAGAGUGUGGAAUAGCCAAAAUCAUUCUGUUUGUCUGAAGGUUGGAAAAAUGAGGAACUGUAUAAAGAUCUGCCUGAAUGAGAGAAGCCAGGAGCAGUAGAAGUGGCAGUAGUAGUACUUUCUUAAUGUGACCUCUGUAUGCCAUGCUGAUUAAAAGAGUAUAGUUGAAGAAUACUGCGAGGUCUGUCUCUCCUUCAUUGCUGCAGGUACCAGGGUUUUGUAACAUUUGUGGGAGGAAUAUCAGUGUAUAUUUUUAUAAAUAACAAACACAGUAUCCUUUUCUGCUUCUGUAAAGGUCAUCCAGGUACUUACAUACUAUUUCAAAAUCACUAAGAAGCAUUUCUAAUGAGAUGAUG